AUGUCCGCCCCCGAUAGUCUGAAGAUGAUGAGUGAUCUGGCGGAUGCGGCGGAUAAGUCUCGGCAGAAGAGCUGCAACGCUUGUGUACGGAGCAAGAGGCGCUGCGACAAGCAAACCCCGCGGUGCACCCGCUGUGCCGAGAAGAACUUCUCGUGCGUGUACCAAAACCUACCGCCCGCUCCUGCACCCGCCGGCGCCGGUGGUGCUGCUGGAGCUGCUGUGGCCACCAGCGGCAGCUUAGGCUCAGAAAUCUCCUCGUCUUCCUCUUCCUCCGCAUGUUUUGCCGUCGACGGCCAAGACGAUCCCCUCCAGGCUAUGGACAUCGAGGCGGACGGCGACGACAUCUCAUCCUUUGACUUCAACACACUCGACAACCAUCAUCUUCUUCAUCAUCAUCAUCAACAUCAUCAUAAUCACCAACGUCAACAUCAACAAGGUCCACAACAACAGCAGCAGCAGCCCACGCCAGCAUCGUCAUUGUUCAUCGACAAUGAACUGCCGACCUUGGCGAUGAAGGAAAAUACCAACGGCAGCACCAGCGGCAACAGAAGUGCUCCAGUGGUGCCGACGUCGCCGCUGAACCUCAACAUCGACGCUGCGAACGUGGCAUUUGACUUCAACACGGUCAUGGACUUUUUGAACGCCGACCCGGCGACCGGCGGAGAGGUGCAGCUCUGGGAGACGCCGAUGACGCCCGUUGUGCAAAAGAGCAUGACUCCCGAGCUGCACCAGAUGAACGAUACCAUGUGGGAAACCGAUAUGAAGGACAUGUGUCAAGAUGGUGGGUUUCAACCGUGGCAGAUUCACGAGCCCUCCUCGAGGGUCGGUCACCUCCUCGGCGUCAUCAAGAACAUGCAUAUCACCUUCGCCCAGACGAUGCAAACACCCUUCCUCCACCGCCACCUCUAUCUUGGCACUCGUGAGAUACCGCGGUCCCUGAUGGCCGCCUACACCGCCAUCUCGGCGUACGUGGGGCGCACUGAGGCCAACAAGGACUGGGCCAUUCGCGCGCUGUGCGAAGGCACCGCCGAGGUCCUCAAGGGGUCCAAGGACGCGAAGUCGUUGUCAUCAUCGAACCUGACGGGGCACGAGAAGCUCGCUAGGGCGCAAGCGCUGUGGCUUCUGCAGACGAUCAGGUGCUACGAUGGCGAUGUGGCGCUGAGGGCCCAGGCGGAGCGGGACAUGGACGUCUUAAAGAGGUGGCUGGAGGAGCUCGAGUCGAUGAGGGACAACUUUGACGACAUGCAUUUAUUGGAAGACGCAGUGUUGAGAGCGCGGCCGCCAAGGUCGUGGGAGGUGUGGGUGUUCAAUGAGUGCGUGAGGAGAACGGUGUUGUUGGGGUAUGUAUUUAUAGGCCUUUAUGACAUGCUCAAGUCCGCCGGAGAGUUUGAGCCAGACCCCAAGAACUGGCUGGUGCCUCACCGGUGGACUUUCUCCAAGCACCUCUGGGAAGCCCAGUCGUCGCCAGCAUUUUACUCGGCGUGGCAUGAGAAGCCAAUGUUCCUGGCCAACGCCUUCUUCGUGCAGCGCAUCGCGCGGAUGGCUAGGCCAGCGGAUGUGGACGAAUUCGCAAAGAUAUUCCUCACCAUGAACGUUGGCGUCGAAGAGAUGAAGCAUUUUAUGCUCGAGGGUUGA